AUGGGUUUAGAUACACGGAGCACAUCACCAUCAAUUGUAUCAGAAAAGGAAUCACUAUCAGCCCCGAUCCAGAAACUUCUUUCGGAAUUGGAUGGCCAAAAGGCGUGUGCUGUAGAUGAAAUUAACAUCUUACCAGCAGGAUUCCCGCAAAGUCAUGCAGAUGUCCCUGCGCUCCAAAGCUUAAGGGCAGAGCCAGUACCAAUAAUGCCAGGUGCCCCGAGUGAUCUCAAAGUUUUGGACCUGGCUGGCAAAGAUGAAGUUAGGGAGCCAGAUGCGGCACACGAUUUUCCUGGUGGGGGCGACCUAUAUCAUAAAAUCGGUCUAGUUCCACCAAAGACUCGAGAUGUUAGAGGAAGCUUUGACCUCGAGGUGAGACCCCAUAAAUUUUCAAUCUCACAGCUAUUACUUCCGACAAAAGUAAAUGGAGUUACCAACGGCGGAACCGGAGCAUCCUUGAAAUCUCCUCUAGACCAUGAAUUUGGUGUGCAUCUUCCUGAGGCUUCUGUAACAAUCCCUCAUUCGAUGGAGGUGGUGGCCGAUACAUGCCCCGCAGGAGUUUCAGAGCUACCAGGGUUGGAAGAAGUUAGAAGUCCUCUCGAGUGCGAAAAGAGGUGGGAUGAAUACGCCGCAUCAAUAAUACUCGAUACACCGAAGAAAGAAUGGAUGAUCAAGGGGAUGGAGAGUUGGGGCAACAGCUUGUACGAUGCAUCAGUGAAAAAGGCUUCGGGUCAGAAACCUGAUAGGCGUGGACAUGAAAUCCCCAUCCCCGGCCCCCCUCAGAAUAGGGGAGCCGACAAGGAUAUUGUGGAGAAAGAACUUCGCGGCGAGUAUAAGCCUAACAUACUGGAAACAAAUCAAAUUACGACCUCAACUUCCUCAACAGUGGAAAAAAGUACAGUGGGGCUUGGUAAUGGGGGAAUAUCAGACAUUCAUUCGAACUUAACAGUCUCACCGCAAACCACAGUUACAGAACAGAAUGAACACCAAGAUGCAAAACUAUCUAGAGAAGGUGGUGUGAUAUCACCGCGUGUUUCUCUAAAUAAUUUAGACAAGUUUAGCGUCGAAUGUCUGCUAAAAACACUGCUUGAGAAGGAGUUGAGGAAAUACGGGCGCGCAGAGGUAUCGAGUGCUGGUACAUUGCUGAUGCAACCAGUCAAUCAAGUAGAAAGCUGUGCUCUUAAAGAAGAAUCUCAUGGACGUGAGAAUAUCAUAGGUGGGACGGUUUUGUGCGGCGGAGAUCACGGUGAGCCUUUUGAGCCGUUGGAAGAGUCGGAAAGCCAACUACAACGAUCAUCGUCCGAGGAAAGACUCCAGCCAUUCGAAAACAUCGUAGGCGGGACGCUGUGGUAUAGGGACCACCACCACGAGCCAUCCACGCUAUCUGAAACCCAAGUCAGUCCAGCACAAAGCUAUCCCGAUCAAAAAAGGCCUAAAAGGUUUGCGAAUAUCUUAGAUACCUUUUCCUGCCAGUCAGAGCUAUGGCUCCGCGGAUUGGGCGGUUAUGACAAAGCCCAAGUCUAUCAAGGGAAUGACGAUUCUCCUCUAUUUGACUCUGUAGACGAAGGACUGAGAGAAACCCCUCAGGUAGAUGGGACAGGUGGUGAUUCAAGCGAGAAUGAUCCACCCGCUUCUACGGACGGAAACUCUACGAUAGCGCCAACUGGUGGGGAGGGGGGUGAAUUUCCAAGUAUCUUGAUACCCUCUGCGGAUUCACCCGGGGGAGAAUCAUCGAUACCAUCGAAUACCUCUUCAUGUGAUUCGGAAGAAGAGGAUACUCCUCCUCCUAUGCCGCUGUAUUCAGACGAAGCACUGAAUGAAUACCUUAAGGACAUGGACGAAAUAUAUGAGAAUAUCAAGGUGAACGACCGUCUUCUGAAAUCUUUGGUAAGACAGGUGUUUGACGGCGAGAUCACUAUGUCAAAGUUUCGCGAGAAUGCGUAUGUCAGUAAAGGUGCCAAAAGAGUAUAUUCAUCACUGGAGGAAAACAGUGCUGAUGUGAAGGCUCUAUUAACCCUCCUUGAGAACAAACUGGCAAUGCUCACUGAGAAGCAAAAAGUCUUGGUAAAACUGAUUGUAGGUGAGAUAAACCCUCAUACCGGGGGAUAUUGGGCCAACCACACAAGGCUUGAGGUACCCGGAGUGCCGAUUGAUAAUCCGAGGCUCCCAAAACAACCUUAUUACGGAUGA